UAACCAGCCAGCAGCAGCAGAGAUUUUUGCCCCAAAAUUGUCUGAAAUGGAGGAAAGUGAGUGGAAAAAGUGAGAAUGCUUAAGAGUGACGGGAGACUGGGGUACAGAGGCCAAAAUGUGGGAACUCCCGACUUCUACACAAGUCAGUCCCAUUGCAUGCUGGGUAUUGUAGUCUUACAUUGCUUCACUGCAGUAUUUGUGUCUGUCAGAGAAUGGCGGGAAUAAGUCCAGCAGGACAAACCAAUCAGAAAAGGGGUCACAUGCCCCUCACAAAGUUCCCUAAGUGGCCUCCUCCUCCUCACUGGGGCCCCUCAUCCACCUCUACCAUUAGGGGGCGGGGCUGCAGAGCUUGGGAAGUGUGUGUGGGCGGAGUAAUUAGGCGCGGAGCACGUUCCAUGAGAGGAAAUGAGACGGUGGAAGUGACCAGUCUGCGGUUCCUCCGCUGCACUAUUUGUCUAUGUCAGAGAAUGGGGGGAAUAGAAGUUCCGCAGGAUAAACCAAUCAGCAGGGGGUCACAUGCCCCUCACAACCUUCAAGUUUUAGUUGAAGUACAAAUAUCAAUUCUCUCCACAGUCCCUGUAGCGCUAUAUAACGGAUUUUGCGCGAAUGUACAACUAUCGUGUGAUGGUCUGAAUAAAACCUUUAGUCAUGACAUAAGCGCAAUGAAACCAUUACCAACUGAGGGCAGCACAAAACUCACACAUAUGGGCUCCAGCUGCCCCUAGGCCCCUGAUGACGUUUCUAGCACCGCCCUCAAAGUCCUGCGCGGCGCUGGAUUUCAGCCACGCCCCACAACUCCACAGUCCUGUGCGGCGCGGCGGGAAGGCCCCGCCUCUCUCUCUCUGGCAGACAGUAUCGCCUCCUCUCAGUCCUGUGCGGCGCUUGGCUAGGGUUGAUCACGCCCCUUGCUACGUCACUGGUACGCCCCGCCCUCCUGUGCGGUGCUGAGCAGAGCUGACCCUGUGAUGUCUCAGGUCCCAAUGUUCGGACGGAGGGCAGAGAGAAGAAAAAAGGUGAAAGAAGCGCGAGCGGCCGUGGCCACAACGGAGACAGAAGGACAUGACGUGCUGGGGGGACCCCAAGUGGGACAAGAAGAAGAAGAGGAAGCAGCGAGGAGGAGCGGUCACGUGGGGCAGGAAAGCUCGGGGAUUAACAUGAAGGAGGAGGCCACGGGGGACGGCAGCUUUACGGAUGUUUUGUACCCGGACCUAUGUCACUCACAAGUGGCAGGACUCUCUCCAUCCCCUCGUCCUGCCUGCUGGAAUUCCCCGGACAUUAGUGGAGAUAGCCAGAUCCUCGGAGGAGUAGCACCGGAACAUUAUGAAGAGAGGGCUUCCAGGCCUGGGAACAGCCGAAUUCCUGGGAAAGACCACCGACGUUAUUACCACAAUCAUUGGAGGCUGGAAUACUUGAUGGACUAUAAUGCUGGCAGUCACAGCAUGAUCUGCAUGGUGUGUGGAAGCUCAUUAGCCACUUUGAAACUCAGCACCAUCAAACGUCACAUUCUGCAAAAACACCCCUAUUCCUUAAAUUGGACAUCCAGUGAAAAAGAGGUUAUUAUUGGCAGUUGGGAUGCACACCUUUCUGUGGAUGCUCAGACACUUACAGCUGCAGAGGACCCUGGUAUCCCUAUUCCUAAAAAAAGGCGAAGGCGCCUCCCCCCUGUUAGUAAAGGAACCUGGCGCCCCUUACUGGGACCUGAACUUUCACAGCCUUCUCCACCGGACACGAGUCAUUUAGAACAGUAUUUGAACGAAUCACUCCAGCACUGGUUCAGAGUUGAAUUCCUAAUGGAUUAUGAUUGUCAGUGUAACCAGCUCCACUGCAUGAUGUGUGCUACAGUCCUACCCAGCCUUAACCUGGCUGACAUAAAAAACCACAUACUACAGACUCACCCAACAUCCUUACAGCUUACGCCUAGUCAGAAAAGUGUGAUCCUCGAAGCUUGGGCAAGUCGUGGAGAGAACAUAGAGGAAGAGGUGGAAGAUGAAUUCGAAGAUGACGAUGAAGAGGAAGAAGAAGAUGAUGUUUUGGAAAAAACAGAAGUGGAGGAAAGUAAUGAUAACGUUAACAUGGUUGUAAAUGCUGACAAGGAGAUUUUAGAGGGGCUUCAAAAAGAAAAGAGUGCUGUUACAUUAGAGAUGAUGGAAGAUGGACUUUCUAGGGAUAAGGAGUCCCAAAUGGUUGAGAAAGAGCAGCUUAAGUUGAGUAAUGCACCACAACUGGAGGAAGAGAGAGAUGAUGAAAUACUAGAAGAUGAUAAACAUAAGACAAGAAAAUCUCUGGGCCCAACAGAUGAAAAGCAAGAUGUCAGCAAAGCUCCAGAUCUGGAGGAAGAGGCCACAAAAUCAAAAAAGUCUCCAUUGAUGGAAGGAAAGCACUUAAACAAGAAAGAGGCUUUGUUAUGGGACAAUAAGAACAUUAAGCCAACACCUGCUCUUCAGUCAGAAAAGGAGGAGAAGAGACCGGAAGAGCCUUUAAAUAAAAUCCAUAAAUCAUUAAAGGAGCAAAAACAAAAUGAAGAUGCCCCAAGUGAGGAAGGCAUGAUUACUGAAGCAGAUCAGCUACAGAGGAGAAAGCUACAAAAAGAAACGUCCCAGGCAAUAGAGGAGGAACAUGCAACAGAACCGAAGCAAGGGUGUCAUGAUGAGAGGUUGCAAAGUACGGUGGAUGUAGAAAAGAUGCUUCCCUUGGAUGCAGAAACCAAACAGACAGUGAAAACGCAGCAUGUAGAUCUCAAUGGAAAGGCGGUGCUGGGCAUUGGCCUCCCUGUAUUAAAAGUGGACUCGCAAGCACCAAUCAUCAUUGCUCGUGUAUCUGUCAUACCAGACUCUUCCGUCAUCCAUCCCUUGAAACCUUGCCUUAUGAAGCCUUGGAAGCCGUCCACCCUCCAGCCCAUUAUGCCCUCCCCAGUCCAGCCCAUCAUGUCCACCCCAGCCCAACCCAUAAUGACCAUGCCCUCCUCUCUCCAGCCCUUAAUGCCCAUGCCAGUCCCUAGCACAGCACUUAUCCAACCCAUAAAACCUGCCAUUGUUCAACCUUUGUCACCCACCCCCAGUCUUCCCUUGAACCUGAACCCUUCCCUUUUUACUUUAUCAGCAACGUCUGAACUGGCAAAAUCCUGGCGAGCUAUUGCUCCCAAAGUUUCUGCAACAGAGUUAACUCUUCCUGAACCACCUUCUGCUGAUAUUAUCCGUUGGCCUCUUGGAGUUGACCCCCUGCUUUGGGAAGUUUGCCUUUGGAGGGAGAACAAGGCCAAUAGCCAAUAUGGUGCCUAUCAGCUCCACUGGCACUCAGAUUUCAUGAUGGAUUACAAUGGGCUGCGGGGCAGUGUUGUAUGCAUGUACUGCUGCUCAUCCCUCAAUGUACUGAAAGAGAGUAGCAUCAAAAGGCACAUCAUCCAGAAACAUCCACACACAGGGAACUUUACGGCUGAAGCUAAAAUGUCUGUUAUCCAAGAGUGGGAGACACGGGUAGCUGAAGUGAGAAAGAUGGUGCCUGGUCCACAGAAAGAAGCAACCAGUGAUUCAGACACAGUCCAGUAUGGUGCCACUGUGGCAAAUGGUGACCCCGUUGAAGAGGCAGAAGAAGAGAAAAGUACUUUGACAAAUGUGCAGAACACAGAGGGGCGUGGAGCCUCAUGGGAAUUUGCUUUUGGAAGAGUCCAAGGAAAGACAAAUGAUCCGUGCACAUACCAGCAUGAGCGCUGGAAGCUCGAAUAUCUGAUGGAUUACACUCCCCAGAAGGAUGGAUUAAUAUGUAUGGUGUGUGGAGUGAUUUUGAUGAAUCCUAAAAUUAGUGCUGUUAAGAUGCAUAUCCAACAGAAGCACCCAGAUACCACCUACCUUAGUGACCAAGAGAAGACUGUGGUCAUGGAGGAGUGGGAACAAAAAGUGGCUGCAGGACUGAAGAAGACAGCCCAUCAAGAUGGAGGAGAUGAAAUCUAUAUUGAAAUCAAUGAAGAGUCAUCGGUAUCUGGAAACAAUGUAUUAAAUGCUGGCAACUGUGCGUCCUCAGCACCUUCCCUUCCCCCGCCGUGUAACAGCGCUAAGCGCAACUACCAGGUCCGUUGGCGCACAGAAUUCAUGAUGGACUACGACUGUCGCAGGCAGGGCCUUAUCUGCAUGGUGUGCGGGGGAACCCUGGCCACCCUGAAAGUCAGCACCAUUAAGCGUCACAUUGUCCAGGUACAUCCAUAUUCAGUGGACUUCACAGCAGAGGAAAGGCAGAGGAUUCUAGAGGCAUACAGUGAGAUGGCUCUACAUUACAUACACUCUGAGGAGUGUUUCAAACAACAGCCACAGGAUGACGUGGAAAAGGGCAGAAAGAAGAAUUUAGAGUAAAACAACAAACUGGCCCAACGUUUUUUGUGUGGGGCAGAAGAUCUUUUCUUUUAGUGGCUUUACCCUGCUCUGAUGAAAGGAUGAUUUCCACAUACUUUGGUUUCCAUUCUUUUUUUUGUCACUCGUUAUCUCCUUAUGUAGUGCAACAAUGUUUUUUUUUAUGGUUUCUGACAGAGGCUUGUGUUGUGGCUACUUUGGCCCCUUCCUGUCAGAUACUGACUGACUGUCCCAGAAUUUCAUUUGAGAACCCUGCAGAGCUCCAGUAUUGCUGCUUCCUACAAUAUGAAUAACCAUGUUCCUGUCUUUUUGCCAUGUUGUACAACACUCUGCUGAGACCCACCCAAAAAAAUAAUCUCCUUCUGUUAAAGGGAUACUGUCAUGGGAAAAAAAUGUUUUGUUUUUUUUUCAAAACGCAUCAGUUAAU